AUUAUAAUCUCUCUCUCUCUCUCUGCGUGUGUUCACUCGUUACAAUCUGAUGCGUUCAAACGAGCAUCAAUGUUCUUCUCAUGCAUACACGAGGAGAGAAAAUAUUCGUCAUCAUUUUGUCUCGCGCGCCUUCAGUUACACUUUAGAAACACUGUAACCCGUCUGGAGUUCAAUGAAAAAAUAAAGGUGAAACCAUACAGUCGACUGCUGCUAAAGGUGUUGAAAAGCCUCCAGAUCUUCCGAUUAAUGACAGCCAUGGACCAUCUGUGAAACCUGGUCACUGUUCCCAAGGAUUGACCUUGGGUGAGGACCACUGCCAUGCGUCUGUCCUGAAACAUGAAUUCUACACUGUAUAAGAUGCUCCUGCUGCAAAGAUUUUCAGAUUAAAUUAAACUAUUUCCCAUAUAAUAACACCCAAAGUCUAGUCUGGACUGCUUUUCUUCAGACCAAGCGGGUACGUUGUAUCUAUUAGUUUUGACACAGUCACUUGUUUGCAUUUGUAAACAUUAACAUGGCAAAGUGGUUCAAAGACUAUUUAAGUUUCGGAAGCAAGCGAGUGCCCCCUCAACCCCCGAAACCAGACUACACAGAGAGCGAAAUACUGAAGGCGUAUCGCGCUCAGAAGAACCUGGACUUUGAGGACCCGUAUGAAGACUUUGAGAACAGGGCUAGAAAUGACAACGGGCCGACUGAGUUCCUCCACGCAGGCUUCGGCUCUCCUCUGAAAUCGGCGAGCCUGGAUAUCAAGGUGGUUUCGCCGAAACAUCGCCUCAUAAAGGUGGAAUCGCAAGACCUGGGCCGCAGCAAGAUCCUCUUGAGUUCUGUCUCUUUUGAGGAACCAACAGAUCCGGUGGUCCCAUCAGCUCCAGUCCUGGGAGAUAAUGACUACUCCGACCCGUUCGAUGCCCGUCAGGACCUGCGCCCCGAAACUAUCCAGGGCCCGUUCACUCCAGAAAACAACGGCUAUAUGGAGCCCUACGAGGCCCAAAAAGUGAUCACCGAGUUGCAGAGGAGAACUGGUGGAGGAUGCGGUUGGGGAAGAGGGGAGGUGCAGCUUUAUGACACCCCGUAUGAGGAGCGAGUCCCCGGACAGCCGGAUCUGCCCGAGGAGGGCAAGGAAAGUCGACUGCCGCAAGACGACGAGAGGCCGGCUGAUGAAUAUGAUCAACCCUGGGAGUGGAAAAAGGAACAUAUCUCAAAAGCGUUUGCAGAUAUGAAAGAUCUGGCCGAGCUGCCCUGGCCUCCUCCAGUUGGACAGCUGGAGGAGGAGCACAUCUUUGGCGAGCAAGUGCAAUUUGAAGGUGUCGAGUGGGAUCGUUCUUCCCCCACGGAGCGUCUGAGGUCAUCCAGGCCGCUGCCGACCACAGGCAGCAUGAAGCUCCGCAAGCCCAGUGACCCUCAUUCCAUGAUCGGGGAGAGAGUGGACCCCACCCUGCCGCUGGAGAAACAAGUGUGGUACCACGGCUCACUUUCACGUUCAGAGGCGGAGUGUCUGCUCACCCUAUGUAAGGAGUGCAGCUAUCUCGUGCGAAACAGCGAGACAAGUCGCUCGGACUGCUCUCUUUCUUUGAGAUGGACAACCGACCUGAAGUCAUCAUGUGUCUGUAUCUGCCUAAACCUGUGACUGAUUCGCAGAUUCAAUUGUGCAGGUUGAAAGAGAUUCUUGUUUUUAAGUUAUAUUUUAGGGGAUUUGUAUACCUUUAUUGCAACAGGACAGUAGAAAGGUGGCAUGAAAGCAUUGGGUGGAGAUGGGGAAGCAGAAUUGGCAUGAACUCUUGAGUCAGGAAUUAUACUUGGGUCACCAUGCACUGAUGCUAUGUCAGCGUGUUAACAACGGGGCUAUGGCGUCAACCUUGUUCAUGUUUUCAAUGGUAUAAUUUAUAGUCUUUUAUGUAUGAGUCACAAUUGGUUCUUGUGAUGUAAGUGGCUAACUGUCUACAUGUCUGUGCUCAGUCAGCACAAUGACAGGAAAUAGGCUGUUGGGGACUAUUGGACAAUGGACAGUCGGGGCAUCGGAACUAAUUGAAAUCUGGCAUAUAGAGGGGCAUUUAGGCACUUAGGUGGUGUUUGGCUGUGGGACAUUAUUUUAAACUCAAAGUCUGAUAAUGGUGGUUUACUAAGAAAAAAAUAGUAUUUAGCUAGUCAUGUGAUCUCAACAUGGCAGCCACCAUGAGUUUUAGAUCACCAUUGGUAUUAAGAAUAAAGCAACUUUUUCAGACUAUACUGAUAUGAUUGAGAUUUUUAUUGAGAUAUGAGUUUUAUUAACUGUGCUACAUUAUUUUUGUAGAUGUGAAGCCUAUAUGUGAAAAAAACGAAGAAUGUAAGAUCACUUGCUUUUUGGUGAUAUUGCCCUCUUCUGGCAGUGUGUUAGUGUCACAAAUGACAAGCAAAGUCCUUGCAUUUAUCAUGUGAUAGUUCACCCCAAAAAUGAAAAGUGUAUCAUUUAUUCACCCUCAUGUCAUUUCAAACCUGUAUGACUUUCUUUCUUCUGCAGAAAAAAAAACACAAAAGAAGAUAUUUUGAAGAAUGUUGGUAACCAAAAAACAUUGGUCCCCAUUGAGUUCCACUGUGUGGACACAAAACCACUGAGAUAUUUCUCAAAAUGUCUUCUUUUGUGUGCCACAAAUGAAAGAGUCAUAUACACAUUUUGAACGACAUGAAGGCGAAAAAAUGAUGACAGAAUUCUUAUUUUUGGCUGAACAAUCCCUUUAAAAACAAACUGUAGGAAAGCAAUUACGUUAAACCUCUGAUGAUAUUGAAAUAAAAACAUUUUGAAUAUUACACAGAUAUUUUACCCGCUUACAAUAAAGAAAGUAAUACGAUAAGGAAGCUGCUACUAAAUUUGCAAUCAUUCUGUAAUGUAUUUAGCUUAUCUUAUAUCUAUAGUAACAAAUGUCUGAAAGAUGCUUUCAUUGUGAUAUUUAAUCUGCCAGGAAAUUGUAUUUAUGUUUUUAAAGGCCUGGCUCAUUCAUUUAAACCAUCAAAUGUUCCAGCUGAAAGCUUAAAUGGUUUGUUUUUCUAUGCAGUUCACCAAAAGUACUCAACAUCCUGAACCCACUGGUAAAAUAUCUAAACCAGAACAUGUCAAAAUAUUUGUAGGAUUACAUGCAUAUAUUUCAUAUCAUUCCUUUCAUGUGAAAACAAACAAUUUCCAAAAUAGCAACAGUAACAAAUGGUACACAUGAAACUGUGGUCUGAACAGCAUGGAUAUAAUGUUUUAGGCCUCUCUGCAUUAGUUCAACAAAGUUUCAACAAAGUUAAAAAAUGUGUCUUUUUUGUGGGAAGGUCAUGCAUGAUGUUUUCGAACAUUGUUUGUGAGGUGCUUUUUCAUUCCAUGACAUCAGUGGAAAAGGACGCAUUAAUAUUGUGAGAUAAUUCUGACUUUGGCAAAUUUGGCCCAUUAAGCAGUUAAUUAGAAGUAUCAGUAAUGAUAACAUAAAAUGCUUUAAUAAAUCACAUAAGUUUCAGGUGUUAAUAGGCAACCCAUCAAAGCCAACAAAGAAUAUGAAAUUAGAAUUUAACCCAAUAAAUGAAGAUCUGCUUUCAUUGCCCAAAAUAUACAGAGGGAAGUGAACUGGACAUGUUUUUCUGUUUGUACUUUAUGUAAGUAAUUACUGGAAUGAAAACAGUACGUCUAUAUAAAUGUGUAUUUGUGGACAUGUUUGUAUAUAGUUUAUGUUAAGAAAUUGCUUGAUUAAAAACAGUAUUUGCAUGUAUAUGAAUGAGUAUACAGUAUGUGGCUCUGUUUGUACUUUAUGCUGAAAGUUAAACACAUCAAAAUGAACCAUAAAUUUAGUCCAUAAAAGUUUUGAGCCGAUAGUGCCCUCUGGUGGCUAUCAAAUCUCAGCACAGAACAUUAUGGUAAGAAGAUAUUAAUAUUUGUAGCAAAAAUAUUUUUUUACCAACAAUAGCUGUCUUUAAAAAAGUGCAGCGCUCUACUUCAAAUGUGUUACAUUUGAUUUUGAAUAUGUAGUAAAGUCUCGAUUUUUUUUUUUUUUUUAAAUGUACAUUUGUAUUUUACUUACAUUUGUUGAAUUUAACGCUUUAGCUUUUUCCUCACUGUUUCAAUGUCCACCUGAAGAAGGUCGGAACUGUGUUUUGUACAGUAGCUCCUAUCAGUGCCACUUAUUA